AUGACACCCCCACCAAAGGACUCGAAACAACCCAAGGACGCGCCGGCGUCGACAUCUCGCGACCUGGUUCGCGUCGGCCCCCGACAUGUCUCAGCAAAGCAUGUUGUCGGUCGUAGGAACGAGGAUGGCCAAAAACCGACGACGGCUCGUGCUCUUGUGCUUCGCAAUGGGAAACAGGGGGCGAUGGGCACGGGCGAGAUGGUUUUGUCCAAUAAAAUCAGCGGCAGAGAGAAAUUGGACCUCCUGGUUGCAAACGAUCAUGGGCAUUCAUCUACGGGACGUGCGCUAUGGUCUUCGAAAGAGGACAUGAUGGAUAAAGCGAAGAAAGAGAGCCUGAUGGACAAAGCGAAGAUGGCCGUCAGGACCCCUUUCAGGCUUGAGGAGUGUCACAAGAUUUCUGAGUCUCAGUUCAAUGUCUAUCUUGACGAUAUCUGCAACCUGCAGGAGUCAGAUACGUUCUUCAGCACCAUCCAAGCAGAGCUGAAGGCUCGCUUUCUCCCCAACAACAACAAGAAGUCAGAUCCCCUGAGAGAUCAGGCACUCGUGUUGAAAGCUUUCGGUAGCAGGAUACAUAACUCUUUCAUGCUUGCGUCUGCUUGGAGGAUCAUCCGAGAAUACUUCCUCGUCUUUGACGAAGAAUUUAAGCUAGGCAAUGCAGUCGGAGACUCCGGUGUCCGUAAACAUCUGCGCGACAACGACGAACUUAGGACGGAGUAUCUGGUCUUGUACGAUAUCGUGAAGGUUCUCGUCGAUGCUGCUCAGGCCAAGUUUGCUCUUCUGGCCACGACGACUCCUCACUAUUCGCAAUACUUCACAAGUGUAAACCAGACCACAGAGGUUGGCUUCGAUUUUGCAAACCUCAAGAAUGUGUAUAAGUCUUUUGUAGACUCCAUAGUCAUCGAACUGUGUCUGCCCGAAUCAGCCAUGCCAAAAUUCAUCUUGACGACUAUCUUGCAAGAAGCUCUUGAAGAGUCGCCUAGCGAAGCUCGACGUUUCCCUCAAGCCCUGUGGGAUGCACUGGGAGAUCUUUCCGUUGCGAUCAAGCUCCAAGAAAUUCUGGAAGUACCCCUUCAGGGUCUCGAAGGAGAGCAAUGGUUGAAGCAGGAACGCGAGAAGCCACAGGAAUUCGAUCAGUGGAUCUAUGCCCAAGACGUGUCGGCCUGGGUCUGUGAUAACUUUGGCGACAGUCUCUCUAUGAUGUUCCCGCUCGAGAAGACCAGAUAUCAAACCGUUGUGACUGACAUCUGGACAGCUAUCAACGGAGCUUUCCAAGACGUUUCCGGGGCCACUCCCGAAGAGCUUUGGCUUCUUGAAGGUCAGAUCACCCGCCAAUCGCGCUGGCAUGCGCUUCCUCCUCCCCGUAGUGAAAAGGAGAAGAGCAUCAUUCGUCCCGCGAAAGGCGCACGGUCCGCGAAGAAGAAGCCUCUUGCAAUCACCGACGGCAAUGACUCUGACGGGUCCAUGCCCUCUCUUGAAACCGUCUCCGACUCUUCCGAGGGAGAUGAGGAAUCAGACUCAGAAGAGGAAGACUGGGACGAUGAAGAAGAGCAGUGGGACGAAGAUGAAGAAGAUGACGAUGAGAGUGGGUAUGAUACCGAUGAGGAAGAGGAGCUUAAGAAUAUGCUGAGGGAGGUCAUGCGCGAUGCCGCUGCGGCCAAUCCAGACUUUUUAGAUCCUACGAAGGAAUUCGAUACCUCCGAGUUGGAGAAGGAUAAGAAGGGCAACCCGUUCAUCAAGCUCUUGGGGUCUCUGCGAGGCAGGAUAUUCUCUUCCAAGCCGAAUUUACAGACGAACCCUGCCACCGCCCCACGAACGAAGCAGUUUACACCUCCUGCUAAGCCUCCCGGAGCUGCCAAACCCAAGACGUCGGCUACUAAGCCAUCUCAAACCUCUAAACCACCCCCCACGAAGACAUCAGAGGCCCAGAAGAAUCGCAACGUCACUGUUGAAGAGGUUGAAGAUGAAGAGGAAGAGACGACGACAUCCAAGAAGAAGAAAAAGAAGAAGCCUAAGAAGAAGAAGAAGGCAACUUCUGCGGCGGCGGAAGAGUCAGUGGAUGCGCCCGCGCCAGAGACUCCGCCAGCAUCGCCCUCUCCAGUGGCAAGCCCCAAGCCAACCCCUACAAGCCCUCCGCAAAAGAAACCUACGCCAGCAGCUAAGUCCCCGCCUGCUGCGAAGCCGACUAACGCGUCGACGGCAUCGCUACCUUCACUCGCCGACCUCAGCCGGCAACAAUCUGCUCAGUCUUCUCAUUCGUACUUACAGUCUGAGAAGCCCGCGGAGCCCAAGUCCAAGGUUAAGUCGAGGCCUGAGUUCGGUAACCUUCUGGCGAUUACCGAGAACUCGGAGAAGAAAAGCAUCUUCAACUGGAGGGGUCGCAACAAGGAGGAGCCAACGGAGGAGAAGGACAACAAGCAGGCUCUGCACAAGUGGUUCUCGAGGAUGAAGAAGGGCACCAAAGAGUACAUGCAUCAACUCUUGGGGACUCCCGAGGACGAGAAGAAGGGUCAGGCUGGCAUGAAGUGGGAGAACUUCUUGAAGGUCAUGCGUGAGAUGGGCUUCGACUACGAUCCCAGUACUGCAGGAUCCAGCGUAAGGUUUGAUCCUCCGAACAAGAAAGACAAGCCGAUUACAUUCCAUAAGCCUCAUCCCGACUCGACCAUACCUCCUAUCAUGCUUAAGGAGUUCGGCAAGAGGCUAACCAGGCAGUACGGCUGGUCCGAGCUGUACUUCGCCAAGGCUAGCUAGUCUUAGAAUCGACGAUGGUGAUAUUGCUGUAGCAAUGAUUGUACAUGCUCAGCUUUCGUGCAAUCUCUGGGAAGUCUCGCUGAAUAUGUUCAUGUAAUUUCUUGUCUCGCGUACUGCUGUAUGUAUAUUGUUGUGUGUCAGUCAAUCUCAAUUGUUUUCCAC